UCCUCCGGAAGGAUUUCCAGGUCCAGCCUCAGGACAUGGUGGCCAUGGUGGGCGAGCAGAUUGUUCUGGAGUGUGGACCACCCUGGGGCCUCCCAGAGCCCACAGUCUCAUGGUGGAAGGAUGGGAAACCCCUGGACCUACAGCCAGGUCAGCACACGAUGUUCAGCGGUUCCCUGCUGGUGGCAAGAGCAGAGAAGAGCGACUCAGGGACCUAUAUGUGUGUGGCCGCCAACAAUGUCGGGCAGCGGGAGAGCCGGGCAGCCAGGGUGUCUGUCCUGGAUCCCCUGGACCACAAGAAGCCCCUAGAACUCCCGGCUAUGCGCAUUCAGCUGGAAAAUGUGACCCUGCUGAACCGUGACCCUGUGAAAGGCCCCAAGCCUGGGCCUGCAGUGUGGCUCAGCUGGAAGGCGAGCGGCCCUUCUGCACUUGCUCAGUCCUACACAGCCUUGUUCAGGGCCCAGCCUGCCCCGGGAGGCCAGGCAGCUCCAUGGGCAGAGGUCCUGCUGGCGGGCCGGCAGAGCGCAGAGCUUGGGGGCCUCCACUGGGGCCAAGACUACGAGUUCAAAGUGAGACCAUCCUCCGGCCAGGUUCAAGGCCCCGACAGCAACGUGUUACUUCUGAGGCUGCCAGAACAAGUGCCCAGUGCCCCUCCCCAGGAGGUGACCCUGAAAUCCAGUAAUGGCAGCGUCCUUGUGAACUGGGUCCCACCACCGGCAGAAAACCACAACGGCAUCAUCCGUGGCUACCAGGUCUGGAGCUUGGGCAACACCUCACUGCCACCAGCCAACUGGACCGUGGCAGGCGAGCAGACCCAGCUAGAGAUCAUCACCCACAUGUCAGGGUCCUACUGUGUACAAGUGGCUGCAGUCACUGGCGCUGGGGCCGGAGAGCCCAGUAGUCCUGUCUGCCUCCUUUUAGAGCAGGCCAUGGAGCGAGCUGCCAGAGAGCCCAGUGACCACGGUCCCUGGACCCUAGAGCAGCUGAGGGCCACUCUGAGGCGGCCAGAAGUCAUCGCCAGUGCAGGGGUCAUGCUCUGGUUGCUGCUGCUGGGCACUGCUGUGUGUGUUCACUACAGACGCCGAACUGGGAUGCACCUGGGCCCAGGUCUAUACCGAUACACCAGUGAGGAUGCCAUCCUAAAACACAGAAUGGAUCACAGUGACUCCCCCUGGCUGGCAGACACUUGGCGUUCCACCUCUGGCUCUCGGGACCUGAGCAGCAGCAGCAGCCUCAGCAGCCGUCUGGGAGUUGACCCCCGGGACCCCCUAGACUGCCGUUGCUCCUUAAUCUCCUGGGACCCCCGAAGCCCCGGAGUGCCCCUGCUUCCGGACACCAGCACUUUUUAUGGCUCCCUCAUUGCUGAGCUGCCCUCCAGUUCCCCAGCCCGGCCAAGUCCCAAGGUCCCAGCUGUCAGGUGCAGCCCGCCCCAGCUGGCCUGGCUCUCCAGCCACUGCCCCAGUUCAGACAGCCUCUGCAGCCGCAGGGGACUCUCUUCUCCUCGCUUGUCUUUGGCCCCUGCAGAGGUCUGGAAGGCCAAAAAGAAGCAGGAGUUGCACCAGGCCAACAGCUCCCCACUGCUCCGGGCCAGCCGCCCCAUGGAGCUCUGGACCUGGGAGUUGGGGGGUAGAGACUCCAAGAACAUUUCCCAAAGCCCAGGAGCUGUGCCCCGAGCUCUGGUUGCCUGGCGAGCCCUGGGACCCCAGCUUCUCAACUCCUCAAAUGAACUGGCUACUCGCCCUCUCCCCGCAAGACCACCCUCUCCUCAUGGAACUCUCACUCAGAGUCAACAGACCCAGCAGUUGGUGGAAUCCCAAGCUUCCUCCUCCCUCCCACUACCAGCAGCCCCCAUCUCUACCCUUAUCCCCUCCAGUCCCCCCAGCCCCUCCAGCCCCCGGGCGUCUUCAGUCUCUGGUCCCAGUCUGGCUUCCAGUCGAUCAUCCAGCUCUUCACUGUCAUCCCUGGGGGAAGAUCAGGACAGUGUGCUGACCCCUGAGGAGGUGGCCCUAUGCCUGGAGCUGAGUGAAGGUGAAGAGACCCCCAGGAACAGCAUCUCUCCUGUGCCACGGGCUCCUUCACCCCCUGUCACCUAUGGAUACAUCAGUGCCCCAACAGCCUCAGAGCUAGCAGACAUGGGCAGGGCUGGAGGAGGGGUAGGGUCCAAGGUGGGUGGCCUGCUGUGCCCACCUCGGCCAUGCCCCACCCCCACACCCAGCGAGGGCUCUUUGGCUAAUGGCUGGGGCUCAGCCUCUGAAGACAAUGCCCCCAGUGCCAGAGCCAGCCUCGUCAGCUCCUCCGAUGGCUCCUUCCUCGCUGAUGCUCACUUUGCCCAUGCUCUGGCAAUGGCUGUGGACAGCUUUGGCUUUGGUCUGGAGCCCAGGGAGGCAGAUUGUGUCUUCACUGAUGCCUCAUCACUGCCUUCCCCCUGGGAUGAUCUCUUCCUGACCUCAAGCCUAUCGCUGCCCAUGUGGGAGUGGAGGUCAGACUAUUCGGAGGACAUGGAGAACAUGGGAAGGGGGCUUCCUCCAUUGCCCACCAACCCCCAGGUCUCUUCCCAGAGAAGUCAGUUCGGCUAUGCUAUGCCCAAGGCCAGAGAUUCCUGCUGAACAGUGUCCUGAGACUGUCGAGCAGCACUUCAGAAACCACCCAUCCUGUCAGCCCAGAAGGCCCAGGCUGUGGGGUUUGGGUCUUGGCCUGUGCUUCUCUCUGCAGCUGAGGUCUCCCUUCCCCCCACCUCCAGGAGAGCUCUCCUUCAGGGAUUGUGAAAACCAAAGAGAGCAAAACAAAAUAAGAGCAAAGCAGACCAGGAGUUCCUGGGGAGCAAAAAGUCAUCUCCACACAAUUCGUUUGCUUUUUUUCUCUGCUCCAUCCAAUUCUGCAACCAGGUCUUUUGGCCUAAGGUGUAGCCCUUUCCUCUAAUCUCCCUACCUGCUUCGGAGUAGGGGGCCAGAGGUAUCUUCCUGGAGUACAACAGUGGUUGUCAAGAAGGAGCCUAUGCAGAAAGGAGCUUCUCAGAGCAUCUCCCCCUCAGCCUUACCAGGAUCAUUCCCAUAGAGGCAAGAACCAACACUCUCCCCAACCACACCAUGUAAGUGAAACAAAGAGGAAUGCUAUGGAGGCAGCAAGGCCCUACCUCCCUGCCAAGACAAGGAUUCAACACUGGUGCUGGGGAGAGAGCUGAAGAAGGGGUGGAGGCAUGUGGAUGUGGGACAAAAGCACCCUCCUCAUACUGUUCUCACUAUGAUCUUAAGGAAUUUGAUAAUGUGAAACCAUAAUGACUUGAGUUCUGUGAGAUUAUUCCAUGGCGCACCAUCUUUGGGAUGACAACUCAGGACAUAAGAAGAGGUAUCUGAGUUAGAAAGGGAUCCAGCAUUCAUUGACACUCAGGGAGAGUCACUCAUUUCUGUUCUGCAAUUGAGGAGAGAACUACGUGCACCCAACAGACUCUAGGAAAGGGAGGGGUGGAAG